AUGACUUCCGUCAACACACCUGAGGAGCAGGCCAUAGCCUUUCUUCUGACCUGUGUGGAAAAUUCUCAGAAGGGAAAGAUCAACUGGGACAACGUCUCACUCGAUGUUGGCGUUAAUAUGAGCCCCGAAGCGGCCAGGAAAUACUACUUCAGCAUUAUGAAGAACGCCAAAGAGUUCGAGCGCUCUGACAAGUAUCCCGAACUCCCCGGAGAUCCUUCCUGGCAGUCCAUCACGGCCGAUCACGUCGGCCCUAUCGUAAUCUUCGAAGAUUCAAAUUGUACCAUUGCCUAG